AUGCAGGCGAAAGACAUGGCAAGCGGACAAGCGGACGUGGCCAUGGAGACCGCGCCGUGUGAGCCGCAGGUGCCGGCGGAAGAAAUGCCGUUCACGGAAGAGGAGCUGUCCAGUGUGUUGAAGGUACUGGACGUGCUGGCUAAGCGUAAGGAGUUGCUGGAACAGAGCAACUUCCGUCUAUUGCGGAAGAAACUGGCACCUGUUUCUGAGUACAUGGAAGACCGCAAGUUUGGAGGCGUGGGACGCAAGAAGUACCUUGAGGAUAAGGCUAUUCGGGAGGAGAAACGUGCGCGGUAUAAUCAACGCAAGAUGCACGACCGCCGCCACAUUAACAGCUCCACUUUGCGUCGUGAACGGAUCGCAAAGCUCGAGUCAUUGCUGCUUCAAGGCGACGAUGCAGCUGCAGCGCUGCCUAUGAUUGCUGAUGGCGUGGCUGGAGAAGACAUUUGCCACUCGACAGAGUAUUUGACCAAUGGCCCGGAGCCGAAGCUGCAGAAGCUUUGCACUGAUGAGGCGGAACAAGCUCGUGAUGAGAAGGCGGCAGCGUACAAGAAGGAGGCGAGUGCAUUGCUUGGAUUUCGCUCGUGCUACACAUGUAAGAGCCGAUUUGACAAAAUCCACCACUUUUACGACCAGCUGUGUCCACGUUGUGCGGAGCUGAACUUUUCGAAACGCUUCCAGUCAGCUGAUCUACGUGGAAAAGUGGCACUGAUCACGGGUGCUCGUGUGAAGAUUGGCUUCCAGACGGCUGUGAAGCUGUUGUUAGCAGGAGCUGCAGUCAUCGCUACCACGCGCUUUCCGAAAGACGCUGCUGAACGCUUUGCGAAACACCCGGAGUUUGAGACAUUCAAAGAUCGGCUUCAGAUUUUCGGCAUUGACUUCCGUGAUCUAGUCCACUUGGAGCAGUUUUGCGACUUUGUCAUGAGUCGGUACUCUCGUCUUGACAUGAUUGUGCACAACGCGUGCCAGACUGUGCGUCGACCGCCAACGUACUACAAAUUCCUGGCGGACAAAGAGACGAAAGCGUUGGAGACGAGUUCGAAGGAGCUUCAGACGCUUAUGCACCAUCAGGAGGAGUUUGAGGUGCACCUCAAGUCCUUGGCGCUUCCUGCGUCAGAUGCGCAGACAGUGAAUGCAGGUGGAAGCGUUGUGAUGUCGUCUGCAAUGAAGUCACAGGUGCCUCUGAUCGCUGGUGAAGACCAUCCUGACGAUAACGCUGAGGCUUUUCCCGUGGGCGUGGUGGACGUGAAUGGACAGCAGGUGGACCUCCGCUCGCGCAACUCUUGGCUACUCCGUAUGGGCGAGAUUGCAACUCCGGAGGUCGCAGAAGUGUUUGCCAUCAAUACACUGGCACCGUUUAUGAUGAACAAUCGCCUGGUACCUCUGUUGGAAAAGAGUGGCAAGUGCGAGAAGAAGUUUAUCGUCAACGUGAGCGCGAUGGAGGGCAAGUUUUACCGAUAUAAGACGCCAAACCACCCGCACACAAACAUGGCGAAAGCUGCGCUCAAUAUGAUGACUCGUACGUGCGCCGAAGACCUGAGCAAGCGGCGCAUCUACAUGAACUCGGUCGACACGGGCUGGAUUAACGACGAGAAUCCACUAGCCAAAGCACAUGCGCACGCGGAAGCGCACGACUUCCAGACUCCCAUUGACGAGAUUGAUGCUGCAGCGCGUGUGUUGGACCCGAUUUUUGUUGGCUACAACUCUGAUGAGAGCAUUUUUGGCAAGUUCCUCAAGGACUUUCACGAGACGGAGUGGUAG